UGCUGUUUCCAUGGUGACUUGGUAAGGCUUUGUUACUGCUACCACCAACUACUGCUGGUGGAUCAACUGGAGUCUGCCCGAGUAAACACUUGGCCUAGCACUAGAGCUACUUAUCUAGUGAGUCAUUUUCAACAAGGAUGGCGUUUCGACGUCAACAUUCGAUUCGAGUCAACAAUGUACCCUAUUGACUCAAAAUUUUCAUGAGGCUUUCCUUAAAUCUUACACAGUUAUGAAUGACACAAAUAACAUGGACGACGAUCUCCCAAAAACAUUCACCAAUCUGGAUACGUUUAGUGAAGAGCUCGAAAAACAAACUAAAGAGACCCAGCGGCUACAAGCAGAGGUGGAAAACGCAACUAAACGAACUAUGGAGAGGAUAGGACACAUGUUUACUACACACAGCACCAACAACACAGCCUCUCAACUCAGUUACACACCCAUGUUAGUUAUGGACGGGUCAUCGGAAAACAGUUCUGAUGUUCCAUCAUCCUGCCGUCAGUCUGUGAUCCAGCCUCUACCCUAUGGCCUGGAUGGUCUGGACCUGGAGGUGGCCCCUCACAGCGUCCCCUUCCCUAGGAAGGAUGUGUUGGAGAAUGCAAUAGCGGACUAUUCUCAGCAGGUUUCUGAUCUCCAGAAGCAACUUAGUGAGACACACGAACAACAUGAACGGCAGAACUUCUCUUUCCGACAAUCCAUCGUCAAACUGCAGACUAAGUUGCUGCAGGUCCAGAUGGAGAAAGAUGCCAUAGCUGAUCUACGGGCGAAAGAGACUCGAAAACACUCCAGCCAGAUGGGGAACUUGCAGGCGACAAUCAUAGAGCUACAAGCCACCAAUCCAUGUGGAGAUCAGAGGCUUUUAGAGAUUGAGGUGGAGGCCAACGAUUUAAGCAUGAAAGCAAAGUCCAUGGAACAAGCCGUUGACAAGGUGUACUCUACACUGUCGGUUUAUGAGAAACGGCUCGGUAACACCUCUUGCAUCGGCAAGGAUGUGGCCGACAGAGGUCCAGACUCGCUGACGGCGGCGGUGGAGCGAGUGCUGCAGAACUUGGAACAGGAGAACCGCAAACUGCGAGGAAGACUCCUGCAGGCAGAGGAGCGGCUUGGAUCUCAGGAAGAGCAAUGCCAGGGGACAGAAGAGGUUAAUGUCAUGGAGCAACAAGAGAGAAUGGAGCAGCUCAUUACCAGUCAUGACCAGAAGGUGGCGAUACUGAAUGAGAAAUUGAGCAGCUCUAUAAGCAGUGCCUCCAAUUUACGUGUCCAGUUGAAUUUGUUACAAAAGCAGGCAGAAAGCCAGGCCCUGAUCCACAAGAAUCAGGUCACUGACCUGGAGUACGCUCUUACCAUCCUUCACUCAGACCAGCAAGAUGCCCAGAGGGUUCAUGCAGAGAAGGUGGGGUGUUUGGAGAAGCUGCUGGCCCAGAGCCAGUCUCAGGCAGAGGAGGCCCAGAGAGGGAGAGACCUUGCCCUUCUGCAGGCACAGGAGCAAGAGUCCGAGGUGGAACGGGCCCGCGAGGAGCUGUCUCAGGAGAAGGAGCGCAGCGGUCGGCUGUCGGAGCAGGACAGGGCCCACAGCGAGACCAUCGACCGGCUCCAGUGGGAGCUGGGGCAGAGGAGCCUGGGGGUGCAGGAGUUGCAUGCCCUGGUGGGCGCCCUCCAACAGGACUGCCUGGUUCAGAAGGAGGCUCAGCUGUAUGGGGACAAGCUGCAGCAGCGGCUUCAGCAGGAGCUAGGCGCCGUGCGGGCGGAGCUGGAGAGGGCCCGGCGGCAGCUGCGGUGCGGGCAGUCCGAAGCGCUGACCCUGCAGGGCCUGGCGGGGGCGCGGGAGGCCGAGGGCCAGCGGCGGCAGGCCCUGCUGGAGGAGGAGCUGCAGCGGAGGCAGCAGGAGGCCCGGCAGGCCGGGGCCAGGCUGGAGGAGGUCCAAGGAUGCUGCCAGGCACUCGGGGCCCAGACGGAGGUGCUCCAGCGGGAGCUGGAGGAGGAGAGGGACCGACUCAGCCAGCAGCUCAGCGAGCGCAAGCUGGAGAUCAAGCAGCUUAAGACGGAGUUGGAUCAGCGCGAUGCGAGGCGGUCCGUGCUGGAGCAGAGGUGCCGUCAGCAGCAGAAAGGCCUGUCGCAGCAGAGCCGCCGGGUCGCGGAGCUGACGCAGACCAAACAGCAGCUGACUGCUACACUGGAGGGGCAGUCCAUUCAACUGCUCAGCCUCACAGCGGAGCAAGAGGAGUUGAAGAGGCUUCUCAGCAGUGCUGUCGAGGAGCACGAGGGCGUGGCGGUGAAGCUGAGCUCCCAGCUGCAGAGCACCAGAGCGGAGCUGGACCGGGCCAGGGGCUCCCUGAGGGCCUUGGAGGGUGCGGACGGCCACGGAAUGAGGGUUGCCAUGGGAAUGCAGGAGCAGGUGACUGCCAAGCGGGAGCAGGUGGACUCUCUCCGCGGGAGGAUCCAGCUACUGGAGGAGACGUUGGAGAAACUGAGUGAUGAGAAGCGCCACCAGAGUCUGGAGGGCAGGCGUCAGGCCCAGGAGAUGGCCUCCGUCAGGGAGGAGAAGAGAGGUCUGCAGGCGGAGGUGGAGACCCUGCGCUGCCUGGAGAGGGAGCUUCGCCAGAAAGUCGCCAAACUGGAAACGGCCCUCCACAAGAUGUCUGAGAGCUUCGUUGACUGCCAAGACCACUUCCAGACGCAGGAGCAGGAGUUCAUGCGCCUGAAGCUACAGCAUGCUCUGGAUCUGAAGGAGCUGCAGGGCCAGACCCGGAGACCCCCGGGCUGUGGGGCCCAGAGGGAGUCCCCCAGCAGCCCAGCAGGCGUGGCUGCUCUACCCUGCACCGCCCCACACUGCUCCAGAGGCCUUCCGGAGUUGGGGCCCCCGAUGCUUGAGGAAAACCCUACUCUGGAGCUGAGGUCUCUAGUCAAGGAGCUCCAAGGUGUCAUUUCUGAGAACCACAGACCACACACCACCACCAGCCACAGCAGCAGCCUCCACAGAAGGUCUGCUCCAGACAGGGUGUUCGCUGGGGCCACGCUCAAUGAGGUGACCAAAGGGACGAAGGAGACCAUUGAGCUGUAUCUUCCUCACACACCUGAUGUGGAUGAGCGAAAUGAAAGCCGCACCUGGUCAAGAGAAAGCCCCAAGGUGUGUUACACGACAUCUCUGCCGAGCUACACCACCUCCCCUCAGGCCGUGUUGCCUGGCCGCAUGUCCCCAGUUCACUCUCUACUCACCUCCGAGCCCAGUAACGUGUCUCGCUCACAGAGGAGCCCAGCUGCGGGGCCUCUCGAAGUGGCCUGCUCGCACGCUGACCUGACCAGCCGUGCGUGCAAAGGCUUGCACGGAAAACUGGAGAAUCUCCAAACCAAGGUGGAGGACUACAAAUACACAACCAAGAGAUGUCUUCCAUGAUUAAAGUUCAGGACAGGAGGAUGAGGAGGGCCAUGGACAAAGAAAGACGACAGCAAACAUAGCACUGAAUGUCUGCUUCUGUGAUGAACUUAAACGUAUAUUUAAAAUAAAAAGGUCUGUUGUGGUCAGUUAUCUUUUUCCACCAUCAUCAUUAAGGCAGACAGCAAAAAAAAGUGGCCCUAUUUAUGACAGUAGAGAAAUGUGCUUCUGUUGCAGCCUGUAAAUAAUGAAAUAGUUAAGAUAAGCGGUCUGUACAUGUC